GCCCCGCCUGGGAGGUCGAGAUGGGCCGGGGCUAUGGACCCGGCGCCAGCUCGGGAGCCUUGGAGUUCUCGGGGGCGGGGAGGGAGGGAAGUAGUCAAACGGAGGCCGAGGGAGAUGAGGCGGAGGCCGCCGACAAGCGGGGAGCCCCGCCCCUCCGCCAUAGCGGCCUCCCGGUGCCGCCACUUCCUUUACAGCCUCCCGCCCUCCCCUGCCUUCCGGCCGUAGGCCGGCCCUGGCCGGGCCCCGCCGGCCCCCUCGGGAGUAGCCCCGAACCGUGGCCCCUUUGGGGAGAGGUGGUUCCCACUACCCGCCUGGGACUGUGUCCGAAAGGAAAGGGUUAGGAUGGGCUUCGGACCUGGCUGGGGCUGGCAGAAGGCGGCCCCUGGCUCGCGACAGCCAGCGAUGCCUCUGGUCCCGAGGACCCUGGGUCACGGAGACUUCCCUACUGUACAGAGGACGCUGUCCUACUCCUAAGGGUCCAGGGCUCCAAUUCAGGCUUCUCCGUGAGAAGCUUCUUCUGAGCUAGGGCCCUCCCUUCUCUAAGCAUACCCACUAAGUGUAGGUUACAAGAAUCCUGUGGUCGCUGGGGCUAGAGCUUGACUCUGGAGAGAGGAAAGGAAGAAUGGAAGCCUGGUGAAGAGGCAGAGAAGCCUGCGGGAGCUCAGUCCCAGCAGCAACACCCCUGAGUUCCCGGUGGUGAGAGGAUGUGGCCCCUGGACCCAUCCAGGAAAGAGGUGCUGAGGUUUGCAGUCAGCUGCCGUGUCCUGACUCUGGUGCUGCAGGCUCUCUUCAAUGCCAUCAUCCCCGAUCACCACGCAGAAGCCUUCUCUCCUCCUCGCUUCACCCCUUCAGGCUCUGUGGACCAAAUCGUCGAAGGUCUUCUGGGUGGCCUGUCUCACUGGGAUGCCGAACACUUCCUGUUCAUUGCCGAGCGUGGCUAUCUAUAUGAGCACAACUUUGCCUUCUUCCCUGGCUUCCCCCUGGCUCUCUUGGUGGGAGCUGAACUACUGAGGCCCCUGUGGCCGUUGCUGAACCUACGAAGUCGCCUGUUAAUCUCAGUAGCGCUGCUCAAUUCCUUGUUCUCCGUGCUGGCCGCUGUCGCACUUCACGACCUGGGCUGUCUCGUUUUGCGCUGUCCCUGCCAGGCCUUUUAUGGAGCCCUACUCUUCUGCCUCAGCCCCGCCAACGUCUUCCUGGCAGCUGGUUACUCAGAAGCUUUGUUUGCCCUCCUGACGUUCAGUGCCAUGGGACAGCUGGAAAGGGGCCGGAGCUGGACUAGUGGCCUCCUCUUUGCCCUUGCCACUGGCGUACGCUCCAACGGGCUGGUCAACAUUGGCUUCCUCGUGUAUUCUCAGUGCCAAGGCUUUCUGUCCUCUCCCAUGGUGCUGAAUCCUCUGAGAGCACUCUUGAAACUAAUGGGCUCUGUAUUCCUGUCUGUGUUUGCGCUUGGCCUUCCCUUUGCUCUCUUUCAGUAUUAUGGCUAUACCCAGUUCUGUCUGUCAGGCUCAGUCCGCCCCAUCCCGGAGCCCUUGCGGCAGUUAGCCGUGGACAAAGGCUACCGGACUGUGGAGGGAAAUGAGCCGCCUUGGUGCUCCUGGGAACUGCCCCUAAUAUAUAGCUAUAUCCAGGAUAUCUAUUGGAAUGUUGGCUUUUUGAGAUACUAUGAGCUCAAGCAGGUGCCCAAUUUCCUUCUGGCCACACCAAUGGCUAUCCUGGUUGCCGGGGCAACAUGGACAUAUGUGACCACCCACCCUUGGCUCUGCGUUACGCUUGGGUUGCAAAGAAGCAAGAACAGUAAGACCCCAGAGAAGCCCGAGCGCGGAUUCCUCGGCCCUCCGGUGUUUGUGUACCUGGUCCAUGCCGCGGCGCUGGCGCUGUUCGGCGGACUCUGCAUGCACGUUCAGGUUCUCACCAGGUUUCUAGGUUCCUCCACUCCUCUCGUGUACUGGUUUCCAGCUUAUUUGCUUCAUAAUCAGGAGCCACUGCUGAGAUCCCUAGAGACGGUGCCUUGGAAGCCCCAUGUAGGGGACUCCCUGCCAGGACAAAUGGUCCCCAGAAAUUCCAUCAUGGGACUUUUAUACAACUGGAAAACCUGUUCUCUAGUCACACGAUGCAUUCUGGGCUACUUCCUGUCUUAUUGGCUCCUGGGACUGCUCCUACAUUGCAACUUCCUACCUUGGACAUGACCUGGAGUCUCAGGGGCUUGGAAGUACAGAUCCACACUGGGACUGUCUGUGUUGCCCCGGGACCCUUGCUCUGUCCUUUGGGAACCUCCAGUCUCUCUGAAGGCUGGUCAGGAACGGGAGAAGUGUGAGCCACUGGAGAGCCCCGUCUGGUCCCGGCUAUGGCAAAUUUUAGAGUAGUACCUGUUUUCUCUGUAAGUGAAGAAAUCUCAUUCUCUGAGUCUAAAGUACACUUGCAUUUGUCUCGUCAACCAAGCAUAGCAGAGAUAGUUGUAAACUUUAAAGUAUUUAAAUGUCAAUGUAAAUGUAAGUGUUUAAAUGUCAGUCUCACCAAAGGCUCUAGCUAACGGGCCGGUAAUAGUCCACACAUGAUGGUGGAGGCCUGGACGGUGUCCUGGCAGUAGUAAGUAAAGUAGGACCAUCUUUUUAAAAUGGGACAUUGUUUCUGAAUAUUUUCAUGAUUUGUUCAUUUAUUUAUAUGAAAAAUCUUAAAAAGAUAUGCAAAUUAAACACCUUUUGGUUAUGCGUGCAAUGA